AUGAUCGUCAACCUCUCAGUACUCGCUCUGCUUGCGGGCGUCGCUUUCGAGGCCCUUCCGGUCACCGCCCACGGCGUCGCACGUCACCCUCGCUCUGCGCACCAGAGGCUCGCUGAGCGUCACAUCGGUAGCAACGCUGCCACUGUCAAGAGCAAGCGCCAGUACAACGUCCUCACCCGUCGCGAUGGAUCCAAGUGCCGCGUCCGGCCCCAAACCGAGCAGCUGCCCACGACCAGUGGCAACAGCUCCAACCCGCCCUCUCAGCAAGACCAGGUGCAACCCCCAGGCGGCAGCGAGCAGCACAUCGCCGACACCCCGGACUCUCCCGACUCUCCCGACUCUCCCGACUCUCCCGACACGCCUGACCAGCCUGGCAACAGCACCGAGAUCCCGGAGACGGUGAACCCGGAGAACACCACGACGUCCAGCCCUGGUGGUGGCCAGGGUGCUGCCAACGGCGGCACUACCCACGUUGGCUCCAAGCUCGGUGCCGCCUGGCCCAACGGAGACUGGACUGGUGCCGACCAGCCAGGCUGGAUCGGCAACUUCAUCGGUCAACGCACCUCGUGGUACUACACUUGGUCGCCAAGCGGAUGCGCGCAGAACGACGCUGCCGGCUUGGAGUUCGUCCCCAUGCUCUGGGGCGCCAAGCAGGUGUCUGACUGGCACGCCGCGGCUGGCUCGUGGCCGUCGUCGGUGAAGAACGCGCUCUUCUUCAACGAGCCCAACCAGCAAGACCAGGCGGGCAUCGACAUCUACUCCGCUCUGAAUUACUGGCUCCAGGACUUCGUGCCCGUGGCCCGCGAGCAGCAUCAUCUCCGCCUCGGCUCGGCUGCCCCCACCUCGGCGCCCGAUGGUGUCGAGUGGGUCGUCAAUUUCUACAACCACUGCAUGGAGCAGACCGGCAACGACAACGGCAAGUGCAAGGCAGACUUUGCCCCGCUUCACUACUACGAUGUCGACGUUGAGAACUUCAAGACUUACCUCAACAACUUCCACGACAAGACUGGCAUGCCCCUCUGGGUAACUGAGUACGCGUGUCAGAACUUCAAUGGCGGUGCUCAGCCGAACGACGGCCAGAUCUGGAACUUCCACCAGCAGGCCGCAGCGUUCAUGGACAGCCAGGACUGGAUUGAGCGCUACGCGCCGUUUGGCAUGAUGCGUAACAUGCAGGGUGUCGAGCAGGCCAACGCCCUCAUGGACCCGAACGGGCAGAUCACCGACCUCGGCCGCUGGUACAUCUCGAGCUCGUAG